AGCGCUCAGCGGUGGCUCUAGCAAAAGGGAAACCCGCUGUCCAGUGGCUAUUUCGCAGUUGCGGUAGCCUAUAGUAUUUUAGUGCGCGUGUAGAAAUACAAGUGAAGAUACCUUGGAGUAAAACUGAACCGUACGACCGUGUAGCCUACUUUUUUUUCUGCAAUGGCUGAUUAUCAUCUUUUACAUUAUAGCGACUCAGCUGCGGUUGGGAACCGUUUCGCCCGCAAAGGUGCUCUGCGGCAGAAAAACGUGCAUGAAGUCAAAAAUCACAAAUUUACUGCCAGGUUUUUCAAGCAACCGACAUUCUGCAGUCAUUGCACAGACUUCAUAUGGGGCUUUGGGAAACAAGGAUUCCAGUGCCAAGUGUGCUGUUUUGUGGUCCACAAAAGGUGCCAUGAGUUUGUCACCUUCUCUUGCCCUGGAGCCGACAAAGGCCCCGACACAGAUGACCCCAGAAGCAAGCACAAGUUUAAGAUCCACUCGUACGGCAGUCCCACAUUCUGCGACCACUGUGGCUCCCUCCUCUAUGGACUCAUCCACCAGGGGAUGAAAUGCGACACCUGCGACAUGAACGUGCACAAUCAGUGUGUGAUGAACGUGCCAAGCCUGUGUGGGACAGACCAUACGGAGCGCAGAGGACGCAUCUUCCUCAAGAUCGACGUCAGCGGAGACAGACUACACGUCACAGUGGGUGAAGCCAGAAACCUGAUCCCCAUGGACCCUAACGGUCUGUCUGACCCCUACGUGAAGCUCAAGCUCAUCCCUGACCCCAAGAACGAGACCAAACAGAAGACCAGGACCAUACGCUCCUCACUCAACCCCACCUGGAAUGAGUCGUUCAGCUUUAAGCUGAAGGUAAUGGAUAAGGACCGUCGUCUGUCUAUAGAGGUGUGGGACUGGGACCGCACCACCAGGAACGACUUCAUGGGCUCAAUGUCGUUCGGUGUGUCUGAACUCAUCAAGUCCCCCGCCUGCGGCUGGUACAAGAUGCUGUGCCAGGAGGAAGGAGAGUACUACAACGUUCCCAUCCCUGAGAUCGACGACGUCAACAUGGAGCUCAGGCAUAAGUUUGAGAAAGCCAAGUUGGGCCACGGGAAGAAGGUGAUCACGCCAGCGGACCACAGACGGUUCAGCUCAGACCGAACCAUGCCCGGAAUGGACCGUGUCCGACUCAGUGACUUCAACUUUCUGGCUCUGCUGGGGAAGGGCAGCUUUGGCAAGGUGAUGCUAGCAGAGAUGAAGUCCACAGAGGAGCUGUACGCCAUCAAGAUCCUGAAGAAGGACGUGGUGAUCCAGGAUGAUGAUGUGGAGUGUACCAUGGUGGAGAAGAGAGUCCUGGCCCAGAGAGACAAACCACCGUUCCUCACUGCACUCCACUCCUGCUUUCAGACUGUGGAUCGUCUGUACUUUGUGAUGGAGUAUAUUAAUGGAGGCGACCUCAUGUACCACAUUCAGCGUGUGGGCAAGUUCAAGGAGCCACAAGCAGUGUUCUAUGCUGCAGAGAUCGCUGUGGGCCUGUUCUUCCUGCACAGAAAGGGUGUUGUAUACAGGGACCUCAAAUUGGACAACGUGAUGCUGGACUCUGAGGGCCACAUUAAGAUAGCAGACUUUGGCAUGUGUAAGGAGAACAUGUAUGAAGGCAUGGUCACACGCACCUUCUGUGGCACCCCCGACUAUAUCGCCCCAGAGAUCAUUGCAUAUCAGCCCUAUGGGAAAUCAGUGGACUGGUGGGCUUAUGGGGUUCUCCUCUACGAGAUGCUAGCGGGACAGCCGCCGUUCGAUGGAGAGGAUGAAGAUGAGUUGUUCCAGUCCAUCAUGGAGCACAACGUGUCCUACCCCAAGUCCAUGUCUAAGGAGGCUGUCGUCAUCUGCAAGGGAUUUAUGACCAAGCACCCGUCAAAGCGUCUGGGCUGUGGUCUGGAGGGCGAGAGGGACAUCCGGGAGCAGGCCUUCUUCAGACGUAUCGACUGGGACCGCCUCGCCAACAGAGAGAUCCAACCGCCAUUCAAGCCUAAAACGGGUGGCAAAGGAGCAGAAAACUUUGACAUGUUCUUCACACGCACCCAGCCCAUGUUGACCCCUCCAGACCAGCUAGUCAUCGCCAACAUUGACCAGAGCGACUUCGCUGGUUUCUCCUACAUCAACCCACAGUUCAUCCACCCUUCCCUCCUUCACAGUGUGGUAUGAGGGGAUAGAUCAGGGAGAGGAGGAAGAGAGAGAGAGAGGGUGGUAAGAGAGAGAGAGAGGAGAGAAGGGGAAGGGGGAAGAGAGCCAUGUGGACUGGGACUGGGACAGCAACCCUCCAGAUUGACCACCAAUCCCCUAUUGUCCCUUUGUCAAAGAGACUAAUAUUAUCUUCAUGUGUUCUCUGGACUUCAGUAGGCGACAUUCUGUAAACAAGCUGUCCACGAACGAUCUCGAUUGGAAUUUGUCUGAUGCGAUGGAGGGGGUAAGGGAGGGGGUAGGGGUUGGUGUACAAGGGAGUAUGUCUAAGUUUAUCUGGUGAUUGAGCGCAGUAAUCAUGGAUACAUUGAUUUGAGAAGUAGGCCUGCUACAGUACAGUGAGCGUUGACAUGAAUUGCACACUGUUACCAAGGGGAACCCUUUAGCUCUGCAACCUACUGGCCUAACAUUCAGGAAUGGGUUCCAUGUUUUCCACAGUUCCAGAACCUCCUACUUGCUCUAGAACCUAGAGCCAAACCCUACAGUACCUUCCUGUCCGGAAGUUGUCUGUGGGACUACAUACAGUAUGUUAUGAUUCCUCAGUGUGUUGCUAUGGAUAGAAAGAGAGCACUCCCUCCCUAUGAAGCAUGAUGGAACGUACCCUCCUGUCCCUACCUUUCCUCUCUCUACUGUACCUACUGUACUGUACUGUACCUCCUGUCCCUACCUUUCCUCUCUCUGCUGUACCUACUGUACUGUACUGUACCUCCUGUCCCUACCUUUCCUCUCUCUGCUGUACCUACUGUACUGUACUGUACCUCCUGUCCCUACCUUUCCUCUCU